CCUCGGAGGAGAAGAUGCCAUCGUGUUGUUGUUCUUCUUUCGACCGGCCUUUCUUAUGCUGCUGAACGCUGCUAUCCUUCGUUCCAUUUCUGUUCCUCAUGUUUAAUUAAACCCCUUCUAUUCACUCUCUUCUUCCGGUCCUCUUUUCUCUCUCUUUCGUCUUGACCUUUUAGUGUCCCCCGCACCUCGCCGUUUCUCACCACUAUGGCGGUCGCCGCAGACCAGCGGAAGAAGAUCCUCAAGGUCUUGAUGACCUCGUUGCUCUUGGAUUUGAUAUCCUUUACGUUCAUUCUUCCUCUCUUCCCAUCUCUCCUCUCCUUCUACCGCAACCAAGACCCCUCCCCGAACUCGCUGCUGAACCGCGUCUUCCACUAUCUCAAUGCCUACAAGAACUCCUUCGCAAAGCCCAUCGACUCGCGCUAUGAUAUUGUUCUCCUCGGUGGCGCUCUCGGAUCUCUCUUCUCCUUCCUACAGGCCCUAGCCGCCCCCUUUAUCGGCCGUCUCUCCGACCAGCGCGGCCGCAAGACCGCCCUACUCUACUCCAUGGUUGGCAACACUCUCAGCGUCGCUCUCUGGGUCGCUGCUACGGAUUUCCGCACCUUCCUGGCCAGUCGCAUCGUCGGUGGUCUUAGUGAAGGGAAUGUGCAGCUGGCCAACGCCAUUGCAACCGACAUCAGCGACCCCAGCCAGCGCGGCUCGACCAUGGCCCUGGUGGGCGCCUGCUUCAGCAUCGCCUUCACCUGCGGACCCGCCCUAGGAGCAUUUCUCUCGAACAUCACCACUGUGGCAGCAAAUCCCUUCGCAACCGCAGCCGGCGUUUCCCUUCUGCUCAUUGUCGUCGAAACCGCAUACAUCUACUUCUGUCUGCCGGAAACUCACCCUCGUUUCACCAAGCUCACUCAUACCUCUUCAACCACCACGUCUGCCUCGAAGGCCCCCACGUCCACAUCCACCCCCACUCCCAAACGCAAACAACACACCAACAACCCCGCCAUCCUCAACGCAAUCCACUUCCUCUUCCUCCUCCCCUUCUCCGGCCUUGAGUUCUCCCUCCCCUUCCUAACCGCCACCUUCUACGCCGGCAGCCAAGCCAGCCCCUCCGCUCUAAAUGGCCGCCUCCUCUCAAUGAUGGGUCUAAUCGCCUCACUCCUCCAAGGCACUGUCGUGCGCCGUCUGCCCCCACUCGUGACAGUCCGCGCCGGCGUCCUUGCCUGCACCGUAUCCUUCUUUAUGCUCGCGCGCGUUUCCUCCCUCUCCGGCCUUUACGCCGCCGGCAGCCUCCUCGCUAUCACCAGCGCCACGGUCGUCACGGGCCUCAACAGCCUGGGUAGCUUCGAGGCACAGGAGUCAGACCGCGGUGCGGUCUUGGGUAGACUCCGUAGCUGGGGCCAGGUCGGGCGCGCGGCGGGACCGUUGCUCUUCUGUUCGUUGUUCUGGUGGGUUGGGCGCGAAAUCGCCUACACCACGGGUGGAAUCGCGAUGGUCACCGUUUGCGUGGCUGUGUUCACGUGCUUGAAGUCGCCGAAUAUUCCUGCCAAGGCGUAGUUAGCUCUCAGUUGAUUUCUGUUGGAUUGUUUGAAAGAUCCUGUGACGAUAAAGAUAGAUUUAUAGAUUGAAGUCUUCUGUUGAGUGUACGUUAUUCAUCU